ACAUACAGCAACCCUCAAACACUGACUCUUCUGCUGAAGAGCUGCCGAUAUGAUUCAUUUGUUGUUGUGUUUUGGUGUUUAUGGAAAGAGGCUUAUCUAAAUCUUUUAAACUUAAAACUUUUUUUUUCAAGAAGUUUCUCAGAAAUACAUUUCCAAAGCCAGCUUUGGGCACAUGAUGAAAUCCAGUCAUAGCCCCUGAGAGGUGAAUGAUCUCACAUUACAGCUGUGUAUUAAAGGAAACACGCUUUGUGCCUUCUGCGUCCGCCCGUCCAUCCGUCCGUCUGUUCAUCAGUGCCUCCCCUCUUCAAGGAAUAAAUGAUCACCUCAACAAGACGAGUGCCUGCUGACAAACCUGAAGUCAGAAUCUCCUUCAGCCUCGAUGAGCCCUCAGAACUGAAAGAUGCUGAGGAUCAGUUCCCGUCUUUCCCUGACCUCGAGCAAAGGCUGCAGCCUGUGCUGCCCUGUCAGUCUCUGAAGGAGUCAGUCCAGGUCUACAGAGAUCACUGUAAAAUGGCCAGAGAGUUUCAUCAGGUGAAAACAGAAAUUGCUCUGCUGGAAGACAAAAAGAGGGAGUUGAUAGCAGAGCUGACAGAAGAUGAAAGGGUAACGCUGGAGAUCGCUCGGCUGGAAGAAGAGUUUCGCCUGCUGACGGAGGAGAACCGAACGCUGGUCACGGUUUACACGGAGCGCACUCAGCAGCUGGCCACUCUGCGUGUGACCAAUCAGAAGAGACAAGGCUCUUCCUGACACUUAACCUUUCCCACAAGGGUUAGAAAGGGAACGUUUCUUUAUUUCUGGUAAACAUCUUAAUACAGGGGGGAGGAUGAGGAAAAGGGAAAAUAGUUAGGAUUUCUACACUCUAUAGAGUCCUACACACCUUCCUACCCCUAAAACCCUAAAAGUGGAACAUUUUAUAUUAUAAUUGGAAAUUAAUAAUCUGAUUAGUGAUUAGUAUGGUGGAAGGGCAGGAAUAAUGGGAGUACUUUGUGGCUGUCUAGCACUUAAAAUUUCUUAGGCUCAACGUACAAGAUUUGAUCCAGCAUCCCUGUUGUUACUGAUAUACCGCACAUCACACGGCACAACUGUAAACAAAAUUCCAUUUAUUUCCUAGAUGUCACUGUGGCUUAUAUUUGUACGUCAGAUCAGAUAUGGCACAGUGUUCUAUUUAUAAUGACCUUGCCAUACCUAGAUCAUGGGUCAUACAGAUAAUACACAACUAUAGCAGAAUAUACACACUGUUUAGGAGAGUAUUGUAAGGGUCUGAUUCUGAGCCUGAAAUGACGACAGCAAGUAUUCAUUGUUGACCUUUUAAUGGAUGCUCUACUGUGUUGUGCAAUUUGUUUUGCAACAUGUAACCGGAAUCUGAGCAACUUAUUACUUGUAGUCAAAUAAGGAUCAGUGGUUAAGGCGUCCACAUUGGAUGCCAGAUCAUUUCCAGUCUCGUCCAGUCUUUUGCUUGGUGUGAGGUUAGGGAUGGAGAUUUUGCAUAUACACAGUGCAAGGAAAAAGUAUUUGCUCCCAGUUAGCAUUCCUGAAUUGAUUACAACCUGUAUAGAGUUGUAUUAGUUUAGCUUUUUUUUUUGCUUCAUCAUUGCAUAAAUUAAAUAGCCUAAAAAAUAUAUUGAAAACUUAACAUCCCAGCAGACAUAGCACACUGGUUUUCAAUACCGAUUUUUCUGUCUUUUUCCCCCCCUUUUUUGGAUGUAUCAAUAAACGUCUAUUUUCUGGUCUUUUUUCAUACAUAAGGCGCACUGGAUUAUAAGACGCAUUAUGUGACACUAGUAAGGAACAGUGGCGUCGCCAUGUUUUCCUUCUAAUUCAGAGUGGUGAGACCUAUAAAGCUAAGCUAAUACAGUUGAGUAUAAUAUGAGAAGUAUGCAAAAAAAAAAAAUAAUUUUCACAGAACUGUAUACAUGCAAAUACUCAAUGACUAGAAAUGUAGCAUAACACUUAAAGCAACAUAUGCAUAUUUCUGUGACAGCAUCAUACUCUAAUAAUAGACUACAGCAGGAUUGCGCAACAAAUAAACAAGGAAAUUGAAUUAGUUUUGCAUACAGAAAAGUCGACUAUGACGACUACAAAUGAUCUCUGCCCUUUACACUGUGUGAACAUUUUAUGAUGCAAUGACCAGUAGAAAAAGGUCAAACGUGACUUAUUACUAUAUUUAAUUAUCAUAG